AAUAGCACUGUCCACUCGGCUGUAGAACUGUGCAGUAAUUGUGGAUAUACUUUUUAUCCUUUAGGUUGAUUGACAAACAGUUUCUUUUGUCAGACGACUUCUAGACAGAUAUGUCCAACCAAAGGGACCGGGACAUGGAGGAUAUAAAUGAGGAAGACAUUGAUGAAGAUGAUAUCCUGGCUAGCCUGUCUCCUGAGGAGCUUCAAGAACUCCAGAAAGAGAUGGAUGUUUUAGCUCCAGACGAGAGAGUACCGCUUGGUCAGAGACAGAAGGACCAAAAGAAAGAGAAGCCAUCUUCAGAAUCGGAUGAUGAAGAAGACAUUGAUGAAGAUGACAUCCUGGCGAACUUGUCUCCUGAGGAGCUGAAAGAGCUCCAGAAAGAGAUGGACGUUAUAGCCCCAGAUGAGAGGGUACCUGUGGGUCAAAGGCAGAAGAGCCAGACAGAGAAGGUGCCCACAGGCUCUUUUGACCACAGGGGCCUGGUGGAUUAUCUAUACUGGGAGAAGGAGUCCAAACGCAUGCUGGAGGAGGAGAGGGUCCCUGUCACUCUACUCUCCAAUAAGAAAACUAUGGAAGAGGAUGCUGAAAAGAAAGAAAACGCUGAACACAUGGAAAUUGUGUAUGAGGUGCAAGAAGAAGUCAUCGAGGUGGAAGCUACAGAUGAUGUUGAAGGAGAGGAAGUGAUAGAGGAGAUUAUAGAGGAAAUUAUAGUGGAGGAAGAGGAUGUGAAGAAGGAGGAAGAGGAGGAGGAGAAAAAGGACAUGAACUAUGAAAGGGUCAUAGAAAAACAUGAACAUCCAGUGAAUAAACAUUUAAAAGAGUCAUCGGAUGACAAUAGCACAAACACUGUAAACACUACCAGUCCCCUGCAGCCCCCUCCAGAGUUCACAGACAAGAAAGAGGAGAAAGAGACUGAGAGCAGAGAGCAAAAAAAGAGCUCACAAAUAUCUGAGAAAGUAGAAACUAACACCACAGAGGCUCCUGAAGUAACAGAGAUGACUCCAGAGGAGAAGAGGGCCUGUUUUGUCCCAGAGAAAGAGGUGAGGGUAAUAAACAAACUAAAUAUUCCAACGCUGGCCCUUGGCAGGGGCCUUGGUGGCCUUGGUGGGGCCAAGAAGACAUCAAGACCCUCAGGGAAUGAGACAAACCUGGACACCACCCUGGAUAAGAUCCGCAACAACAACCCCACUAUCACAGACGUAAACCUGAACAACAUAGAAAACAUUCCCAAAGAAAUGCUUAUAGAAUACGUUAAUGCCUUGAAGAAGAACAAAAACGUCAAAACCUUCAGUAUAGCCAACACCGGUGCAGACGAAAACAUUGCCUUCACCCUGGCCAACAUGCUGAGAGAGAACCGUAGCAUCACCACCUUGAACAUAGAGUCUAACUUCAUAACAGGGAAGGGCAUCAUCGCCAUUAUCCGCUGCCUACAGUUCAACGAGACGCUCACAGAGCUCCGCUUCCACAACCAGAGACACAUGCUGGGCCACCACGCGGAGAUGGAGGUGUCACGCCUGCUUAAGGCCAACAACACCCUCCUGAAGAUGGGCUACCACUUUGAGCAGGCAGGGCCCAGGAUGGUGGUGACUAACCUGCUGACCAGGAACCUGGACCGCCAGAGACAGCAGAGGAAAGAGGAGCACAGCAAGCAGCAGCAGAAGGAGCAGAAGAAGGUGUUUGAGAUAUACGAACAGGCUCUGAACCUGCCCCCGGGGCUGCUGGCGAUGCUGGGCUACGUCCCUCCCGAAAUCGUGGCCCUCAUGCCGCAGCUGCCCAAGGGUCCACAGGGUCACAUGGAACCCAAACCAGAGCCCUCCUCCAGAGUCCAGCAGUCGAACACUUCUCCACAGAAUCAACACAAGCAGCUUAACCACACUCCACAGCGCAACCCCAUUUCACAACAAUCCUCCAGCAUGGAUUUGUCUGGUAACCCUCUAAGAGACAUCCAGCUGAAGAGGACCCCCAAGAAGCGUGACCCUUUUCUGGAUCUGGACGACAGGAGAGCAGAGAGGCCGAACGUCCAGCUCAGGAAGACAACAGGAAAACAGAGGGGUACAGGCGUUGAUGAGAUGGUAGAACUGAAGGCCACUCUGAAAGAUGUGAUGAAGACACUGAAGCCUGUUCCUCGGAGGCGGCAGCCGCCCAAGGUGGAUGUGACGCCCCGCGAUGAACUGCUUAAUGAGAUCAAAAAGAGCAAUGUGGCCUAUCUCAAAGCCGUGCCGCUCCCCAAAGAAUUGGAAUCAAGAGAAACCAGUCUCUUCAAUCUCUGAGGAAUUUACAACACCAGGCUGUGUUUGUUCAGUAUGAUGUGUUUAAUCUCUUCCACUUGUAACAAUAGUCUGCUUCCACUUGUAACAAUAGUCUGCCUCAGUUCUCAUGGUCAGGCAGAAUAAGUUUUGUUCCUUGAGGUUUGAAAUAACUUUUAUGGUAUUUGGAUAUGAGUCUACAGCUGGAAAAUGCACCAUAGAAUGUGCAUAGUAGGUAUAAGUAGUCUCAAUGAAGAAUGUCUAA